UGUUAAGGGAUUUUGUGAUUUUAUGAUGUUUUUCCUUUUUGAUACAUCUUCCUUUUUAAUGUUUCAUUUACUCAGUUCUCCUUAUAAUGCUCCAUUUGCUCAUUUACUCACAUGCUCCUGUUGAGAAAGGCUUGGAAAGCACAUAGUGUUCACAUAUCUUUAUGUUUUGUCUUUGCUUCUUCUCACACACAUACACAUGAGCCCCGCAGUAUUCGCUGACUCCUGUGAAAGUCUCUUGCAGACACCCUUGGAAACAGGACCCAACUGGCUUCUGUUUUCCUCGAGAUAGAAACUACACACACACACACACAUAUACACUGUGUCCCAUACACGCCCAGAAUGUCUGCUACAGCCUGACAAAACAGGGAAUGCUACGAUGUAUAAAUAAAGCUGACUACAAAGCCUCGGAGUGAGUAUCACACGAUCACUCACCCGUGCGCACGUAGUUCUCUGAACAAAACUCUGACUGUUUCUGUAUUCUUUCAAUGUUUAAAAAUGUCUUGCCACUGACAUUUAAUUGGUCCUUCGAGCCGGAUAGUUUAUUGAUAUUAUUGUAUCAUCUAACUAUUCACAGACGGAGCCACCAGAUCCUGGCGUCGUGACUACCUGCACUGCAACCACCGUUUCUAGCGAAGCGAGGAAAAGCCCAGAGUCGUACAUUCGCCUACUGGCCAGUGUCUUAUACAGGUCCACGACGCCAGGUUCUCGGUGACGCCGGGAAAAAGAACACAGCGCAACAUUGAAGUCUCUUCCAGGUUGAAACCAGGAGAUUGGGUCCUGAUAAAAGUGCUCCAGAGGAAAAAGUGGAGCUCCCCGAGGUGGGAAGGACCCUACCAAGUCCUCCUGGCCACACCAACAGCCUGCAAAAUUGCUGAACGACCUUCCUGGAUUCAUCAGAGCCACUGUAAAAAAGUGAGUGACAGCCCAUAGACACUAAGACGCCAGCACCCCUGCCUGUUAGUGAUCUGGGAGGUGGAGAGAGGGCUGUUUGGGUAAAUCCCGCCCUUGUUCUUCUCGCCCCUAGUCUACUCACUCACAGGACCAGGUGUGUUCGGUCAUCAUGAAGACCAUACUCGUUCUAAUGGCCAGUGUCACAAUUCUGUUGGGACUGCUGUUACUGAUUCCACAAGAAGAACGACAGCACCACCUGGAGACAAGACUGACACAUGACACAAUACAUCCAGACGACAUGACGCAAGAUCACAACCACCCAUGGAUGAACAAUGCCUGGUACCGUUAUGUGUACAACUCCACAAGAGACAAAACCUGUUACAUCUGUUCACACAUGCCUCUCACUGCAAAACACUUGACCCUGUACGGCACACCCGCACCACUAAAUGAAGGACUGUGCAUAUAUGGGAAAGCUGCCCGCGGACAUUGUAAUAACCAAACAAUGAGAAAAUUGGAGAAGUGGAUAUGUCUGGGAGACCCUAACGUCCAGAACAUCAACGUGACCGCAACAGUAGGACAAGAAGACCCGACCUAUCUGAUGGACCUAUGCACUAAUAUCACCAACACGUCAGAGCCUAACAGGUACACGUACGCCUGUGAGGACAAACACUGGGUGAAUAUGUCACUCAGCACCCCAAACAUCACUGUGCUGGCUGUGGUGACCACGUACACUUUUCCCUUAUGUGUUAUGUUUGUCAACAUCACCAAAGGAGCAACUCACUACAGCCUAUCUGGCACAUGCCAAUACACCCUGACAGUACCAACUCGUACAAAGAAGCUCUACUGGGUCGAGGGGACCGGCUGGUGGUGUCAAGGAUAUGCCAACCAACCCCAAACAUACCUAGCCGUGCCUGAAAACUACGAAGGACAAUGUGUGCCCCUGAUGCUAAGUGAUCACACCUUCGUGAUAACAGCAGGAGCAGCCCGUGCGCGGACACGCCGGAGACGAACAAUACAACCACACGACCCAAUUUGGGGCUCUGACGUCCCAAAGGAAUUCAAGCUUUGGACCACAGGACAAAAGGUCGCCCAUGCCCUUUUCCCAGGGGUAGGAGUUGGAAAGCACGCCCUUUGAAUUGAAACUCUGAACUACCGUUUUGGACUGUUCCUGAAUGCAUCCUGUAGAGUGAAUAACGCACAGAAUGCAGAAAUCGACGCCUUGCGCCUUAGUACAAUGCAACACCGUGUGGCGUUAGACAUGAUUUUGGCCGAGAAAGGCGGCCUUUGUGUGUUGUUCAAUACAACCUGCUGCACCUACAUCCCUAAUAAUGUGCAUUCCACCGACAUGUCUGAUGCACUGAACACGCUACGUGAGCUCAGACGAGUACAGCAGCAAGAUUACACACACAACACCGAGGACUGGCUCACGUGGCUGUUUAGCGGGUCAUGGAAGUCAUUGCUCACUAAAGGACUAACAUUCGUUGGAAUGCUCCUUAUGUUACUUUGCUUAUUUUCCACAUGUGUACUGCCUUGUAUUCGGAGUAUGAUAAGCAAAAUGUUUGCUGUACGAGUGCAAGCUUACAUUGCAUUAUCUCAAGUUGAACAAGCUCGAGAAAAGGUACAAGUUGAAGAAGAUGAUUUCUAAGCACUAAACUGUGUAAACCCACUGAAGUUGAUCAUGUACGUUUUCACAAAAUGAUACUCUAGUUGAAAAUGCUUCUGCAAGUGACUAGUAGUUGAAGUACAUAAAUAUAUAUGAACAACAGCAGGGAAUGUUAAGGGAUUUUGUGAUUUUAUGAUGUUUUUCCUUUUUGAUACAUCUUCCUUUUUAAUGUUUCAUUUACUCAGUUCUCCUUAUAAUGCUCCAUUUGCUCAUUUACUCACAUGCUCCUGUUGAGAAAGGCUUGGAAAGCACAUAGUGUUCACAUAUCUUUAUGUUUUGUCUUUGCUUCUUCUCACACACAUACACAUGAGCCCCGCAGUAUUCGCUGACUCCUGUGAAAGUCUCUUGCAGACACCCUUGGAAACAGGACCCAACUGGCUUCUGUUUUCCUCGAGAUAGAAACUACACACACACA